UCAACUCACCAAGACAGUUAAAAAGUGUCGCGCAACGUUGUGGUCCAAUAUCGACAACUGAACACAACAGAGCUCUAGAGCCAGGGACGCGAGUAGAACUCUUUAUGCAAAAAGGGGGUGUGUCCUUGGGGUCAAAGUGUAUUAACGCAUGCGAUCUGAAGGACAAUGUUCGGAGUAGUGGCCUCUGGGAAGUUGGUGAACACUAACGUCCAGGAGGCAGGAGUCAAUGAGUAUUUCCUCACUCUGGAGGAUGCUCUGUCUGUCAACCACAUUGUGGUGUUCUUGACAGGACAGAUUCCUUUCUCUGAGGGGUUUGGGGGCUCAAUCUAUCUCGGGUGGCCUGCCGAGGGAGGGGGCAUGUCCUGGCAGCUGCUUGGCUUCAUCAGCAACAGCAAACCCAGCGCCAUCUUCAAGAUUACCAAGGUGAAGCCAAGUGAGACGGUGACUCCGUUUGGACAGGAGAUGAUGGCCACGGUGGGUCACCACUCCACGGCCAUGGUGGGGCUCAGGGUGGAGCCUCUGGACCAGCUGGCACAGGAGACCCCGGCCAGCGGGACCCAGCCAUCCAGUCUCAGCAACAUGAGCGAGUUCAGCCAGAAGAUGUUGGAGAACUUGUUCAACUUUGCCAGUUCGUAUGCAGUGGACCCCACGCGGUCGGCUCUGACCCCCGGGGAGACUUACAUACCAGCCGCGGCCCUCAGACAGUGGUACUCCAACUUCCAGAGAAGACUCUCUUUAAACCCAAACUUUUGGAAGACACUCUAGGAGCAUGUCACUCCAGUGAGAAUUAUUGUUGCUGUUGUUGUGCCUUGCUCUAGAUGUUGCCGUUGCUAGUCACCUGAAUCGGGUAUAUGAUUUUUCUGCGUAUAUAUACCACUUUCAGUCACAAAAUGUAAAUUUACACCACUUCUAGUAGAAGUGUCAACA